AAUAAAUAAAUAAAUAAAUAGUGCUAAUGUUUUCGGGUGUAAACAUUGUGGCCCCCAUUCCUAUUUCUUAGCAAGAGAGGUGUCUGUGGUUGUGAGCGUCUUCAAUGGCCGCUGAGCUACAGAGCACUGGGAUGAUGUCCAGAGAACAGCUCUUGCAAGUUUUUGAUCGAUUCAAUUUCCUUACUUCUCAACCUGACGUGAAGAAAAGAAUUGCAGAUGCCGUACAUAAUGAUAAGCAGGAAGCUGUUGCUAUGACUACCGCAAUACAGGAAGAGAUAUUUUUGGAGAUGGGUAUUGAUCCAAGCUUUGGUAUUGCAUGCCUUGGACAAAUUACUACUGUGUAUGAGAAUGAUCGGGAUUUGGUAAUUCAAUUUUAUAAGUUCCUUGCAAAAGAAGAGAUGGCCUGUGAUGAAGCAGAGCUUGGAGAAGAAGAAUUUGCAGAAAAACUGAAAAAUCAACAAAAGCUUCAGGAACUGCAACUAGAGAUGCUGAAGUACAUGCGGAAAUUUCACUUGGACGAUCAAUCGGCUAUCCUUGAGAAGUUACACCAGCAGAUGGAAAAUGGCGAUUAUGAGAGCGAGACGUCAAUUUUGUCACCUGAGGUGAUUGAAGAGUUUGUUCAGAGGAAGGUCUCCCCUGUGUUCAAGCCAAGGUAGAUCCAGAAGACUUGCUGAGACAUGUUUGAUUCAAGUGUGGCUUUCACAUGACACAUGCCUUUUUGGUUUUGGUAUUGUCCACAAUGACACAAUCCACAAGAUGUAUUAUUUAGUCAAUUUAGCUAACACUCGGAUAAAUUUUUGUACAAUUUGAAGCACUUACUGCAUUUCUACUCUAUCUACUAUCUAGUAUUUUAUUGGGAACUUGGUUAUUAA